GUGACACAAUUUCAAACUUCAACAAAAUUUUAAAACGUCAAACAAAGAAACGUCAAAAUUAAGUUUACCAAGUUAAAGAUUUUCACACAAAAACCGAUUAAAGGCGAUUGCAAUUUCGUUGAAAAGAACCAAACACCCAUGUAAGUCGCGUUAAUAAUUUCGAUCGAACCGAGGAGUCCCAAACGAUGUCCUUCUAACCUUACCAUGUCUCUUUUAAUAACUGACAACUGCGCAUGCGCCGUCCCCGAACACUAAUAAACAGCAAUUAUAACGAAAAUUUUCUUCGGAAAAUGCCAGAAUGGAAUUUCUCACAGCCGUAAAUCGCAAUUUUUUAUCAGCCUCUAUUAGAUUAUUACCAAAAUAUCGCACAUACGUCCGAUUAGCCGAAGUUGGAAAAUUAGAAAACCCAAAAUUAUCCGGCAAAUACGAUACGGGUCAAUUAAUUUUACACCGAGUUUUCGGUUACCGCGGAGUGGUUCUUUUCCCUUGGUUAGCGAGGGUUUACGAUCGAGAUUUACCUCAACAUCGAGAUGGAGACGAAGACCCAUCUCCCGGUGUUGGGAAAGAAGUGCGGGGUCGAACACACAUUUUUUAUCAAGUUUUAAUCGAUCAACGCGAUUGCCCAUUCAUUAGAGCCCAAACUGAAGCGGUAACAUUUUUGGGGAAUCAAGAAUCGUCUCGAAGCCUUUACGCCAUCCCCGGUUUAGAUUACGUCGCCCACGAUGAUAUUAUCCCGUAUUCGAGUGCCGAACGCACUCCGUUACAACACGAAUUAUUCGAUAAAUUUUUAGCGUAUAAUCAAGAUAAAGAUCCUCCGUUUGUUGCUCAAGAAACGCUCAGAGCGUGGCAAAAUAAGAAUCACCCUUGGUUGGAAUUAUCAGAUGUUCAUAAAGAGACGACGGAAAAUAUUCGGGUGACUGUUAUCCCGUUUUUUAUGGGAUGUAGGGAAUCGCAUACGAAUUCGGUUUAUUGGUGGCGUUAUUGUAUAAGAUUAGAAAAUUUGGGUGCGUUAGCCGUUCAACUUAGGGAACGCCAUUGGAGGAUAUUUUCGUUAUCGGGAACGUUGGAAACGGUCCGAGGUAGAGGCGUGGUUGGACAAGAACCUGCUUUGACUAGAACGUUGCCAGCGUUUCAAUACAGUAGUCACGUCAGCUUACAAGCCCCCAGUGGGCAUAUGUGGGGGACGUUUAGAAUGGAGCGAGAAGAUGGGUACACGUUUGAUUGUCGAAUUCCACCCUUUUCACUUGAAAGUAAAACCGAGGGGGGUCCCGCAACACCACCCGAAUCAGCUUAGAAGUUUUUCUAAAUAUUUAUUGCUGAACAAGUGUAAAUAUUCAAAAAUAUAGAGCCGUUUGUGGCUUUCUCGGUUUUUCCUUUGUGUGAUUCUAUACAGAUACUAUGUACAUUUUAACUUAAUAAAAUAGUAUUUAUCCAAAAAGACUUACCCUUAU